AGUGCAGGGGGUCAUCUAUAAGGGGGAGCUGAGCUAUGGGUCAGGAUGGGGUUGAUGUAUGGGUCAGGAUGGGGGGGGUUGAUCUAUAGGUCAGGAUGGGGUUGAUCUAUGGGUCACAGUGUGUGGGGCUCAUCUAUGGGUCUGUGUGUGUCUGUGUCCCCCCCCCGCGCUGUCAAUGGGUGUGGCCAGCGCCGGGUGUUGGGUGCUGAUAAGGGUCAGGGUGGGGGGGGGGGGGGACCCCACACCCACCCCAUGGGCCCCCAGAGCAGAGCAUGGGAGGUGCUGAUAUGGAGGAGCUAUGGGGCAGGUUAUGGGGCAGGCUAUGGGGUGCUGCCCCCCAACCCUUCCCCUGCCCCAUAGCACUAUGGCUGCCCUCUUGCGCUGCCCCAUCUUGGCCCGGCACCCAUGGCUGGCCCGAGCCCUCGUCACCGCCCCCCCCCAGCCCCAUCCAGGUGACACCUCCCGGGGCUCCCAUUGCCCCUUCAUGGAUCUGGGGGGGGACCCCCCCUUUGUCCAACGAGCGCCCCCCGAGGUGCAGGAGGACGUGACCCCCCCCGAGACAGCCCCCCUGGAUUGGCUGAUGGAGCUGAUGGAGACCCCCAAGGAGGCCCCCCCGGAGAGGGCGCUGGAGGACAACCUGCCUGAUGGCGCCUUCCCGUACACGGCGCUGCUGGAGUCCCGCCUGGCCGCUCUGCGCAGCACGCAUGCGUACCGCGUGUUCACGGCCGUGCGCAGGCGCGCUGAGGCCCCGCCCCUGGCGCUCGGGGGCGCCCCCCAGCGGCCGCUGCAGCUCUGGUGCUCCAAUGACUACCUGGGGAUGAGCAGACACCCGGCGGUGCUGAGGGCGGCCAGGGCAGCGCUCUCAGCUCACGGGCUGGGCUCCGGGGGCACCAGGAACCUGUCGGGGACGUCUCCAGUUCAUGAGGCUCUAGAGCUGAGUCUGGCUCAGCUGCACCAGCAGCCUCAGGCUCUGCUGUUCGGGUCCUGCUUCAGCGCCAACGACACCGGCCUGGGGACCCUGCUGAGGGUGCUGCCGGGCUGUGAGGUGUUCUCGGACGCAGGGAAUCACGCCUCCAUCAUCCAGGGCAUCCUCCGCUCCGGAGCCCCCAAGCGCCUGUUCCGCCACAAUGACCCCGAGCACCUGGGGGAGCUCCUGGCUCGCAGCCCCCCCGGGACCCCCAAGAUCGUGGCCUUCGAGUCCGUGCACUCCAUGGAUGGCUCCAUCGCCCCCCUGAGCGAGCUCUGUGACGUCGCCCAUGCCCAUGGGGCCCUGACCUUCGUGGAUGAGGUCCAUGCUGUGGGGCUCUAUGGGGCGCGUGGGGCUGGCAUCGCUGAGCGCGACCGUGUACUCCAUAAGGUGGACAUCGUGGCCGGAACCUUGGGCAAGGCGGUGGGCGCAGUGGGCGGGUACCUGGCAGGCCCCGCCCCCCUGGUGGACGCGGUGCGCUCGCUGGGGGCGGGGUUCAUCUUCACGACGUCACUUCCGCCGGCCGUGGCCGCGGGCGCGCUCGCGGCGCUGCGCGUGCUCGCGGGGGCCGAGGGGCGCGCGCUCCGGCGCGCUCUGCAGCGGCACGCGCGCUACCUGCGGGAGCUGCUGCGCGACCGCCGCCUGCCCGUGCGCGCAUGCGCCAGCCACAUCGUGCCGCUGCCGGUCGGUGACGCUCUGGCCGCUCAGCGCCUGACCCAGGUGCUGCUCCAGCAUCAUGGCCUAUACGUGCAGGCUGUGAACUACCCCACAGUGCCACGGGGGGAGGAGCUGCUGCGUCUGGUGCCCACCCCACACCACAGCCCUGCCAUGAUGGAGAACCUGGCUGAUCGCCUGUCCCAGUGCUGGGAGGCUCUGGGGCUGCCCCGUGAGGCCCCUCCAGGCUCCUCCUGCUCCUCCUGCCGGCGGCCGCUGCACUGGGCGCUGAUGAGCGACUGGGAGCGGAGGCACUUCCAGGGGGAGGCGGUGCCCGUCGGGGCCUGACCCCGCCCCCCGGCCCCGCGGGGACCAAUGGGAGCCCUCCCUGCAUCCCUGCGGACCAAUGGGAGCCCUCCCUGCAUCCCUGCGGACCAAUGGGAGCCCUCCCUGCAUCCCUGCGGACCAAUGGGAGCCCUCCCCUGCAUCCCUGCGGACCAAUAGGAAUCCCCGUCGGGUCCCUCCAUUCCCCCCCUCCCCGAUGGUUCCCUCCCCGUUCCGGGCAAUAAAGCACAAUGGGACCCGUGUGA